UGAUGGAAGGCAGCCCUGUCGCCAUUGAGCAAAGCUAAUAUUCUAUAGCAUAUGGCUGAGACUCCUCCAGGGAAUUUCAAAAUAUAGAAAUCCUGACUGGGAAAAGUUAUCCCCUGACACGACAGACUAGAAUUUGGACUCUGUAAUCAGAGGAAUGAAAUUGCGGUGAUCUCAUAUUACAGCAUCAGAUCUAAAAGGAUAGUUCCCCUGAAGGAUCGGCCAACAUGAAUUCAUUAGACAAUGGGAUUAACAGCAUGUGUGCAAUAUGUGGAGACAGAGCUACUGGAAAGCAUUAUGGUGCAUCGAGUUGUGAUGGCUGUAAAGGAUUCUUCAGAAGAAGCAUUAGGAAAUGCCAUGUUUAUUCCUGCAGGUUUAGUCGGCAGUGCAUAGUCGAUAAAGACAAAAGGAAUCAGUGCAGAUAUUGCCGUCUAAAAAAAUGUUUCAGGGCUGGAAUGAAGAAAGAAGCAGUUCAAAAUGAAAGAGAUCGGAUAAGCACGCGGAAAAGCGCAUUUGAAGGAAGCAUCAUUCCCUCCAUUAACACACUGUCACAGGCAGAGGUUCUCUCUCGGCAGAUCACUGCCUCAAGCCCAGAUGCAAAUACAGAAAUAAAUACUAAGAAAAUUGCAAGUAUUAGUGAUGUUUGCGAGUCCAUGAAGGAGCAACUGCUGGUGUUAGUUGAGUGGGCAAAAUACAUCCCUGCCUUUUGUGAGCUGCCUUUGGAUGAUCAGGUUGCCUUAUUGAGAGCACACGCUGGAGAACAGCUCUUGCUGGGGGUGACCAAACGAUCUAUGGUUUUCAAAGAUAUUUUAUUUUUAGGUAACAACUAUGUCAUUCACCGGAAUUGCUCAGAAAUGGAAAUAAGUCGCGUAGCCAGCAGAGUAUUAGAUGAACUUGUGCUGCCUUUCCAAGAAAUACAGAUAGAUGACAAUGAGUAUGCAUGCUUAAAAGCAAUUGUAUUUUUUGAUCCAGAUGCCAAAGGACUAAGCGAUCCUAUAAAGAUUAAGACUAUGCGUUAUCAAGUUCAAAUCAGCUUGGAAGAUUACAUUAAUGACAGACAAUAUGAUUCAAGAGGAAGAUUUGGAGAACUGCUUCUACUUUUACCCACACUACAGAGUAUUACUUGGCAGAUGAUUGAACAGGUUCAGUUUGUUAAGUUGUUUGGAAUGGUAAAGAUUGACAAUCUUCUCCAGGAAAUGUUAUUAGGAGGUUCGGCUAAUGAAGCAAGUCAUAUUCAUCAUCAAGGGCACCCUCAUUUCUCUCAAGACCCUUUGCUGGGUCAGACUCUAUUGAUAAGUUCUGCUUCUAUCCAUUCUGACCAGAUUGCUACUCCAGAGACUCCCUUACCUUCUCCACCCCAGGGAUCAGCACAGGAACAUUAUAAAAUAUCCACAAACCAUGCAACAGUUAUCACACAUCAGUCUAUCCUAAAGCAGAAACAGUUAUGAAAUAUAUAUAAAUAUAUAUAAAGGAACUCUGAACAUAAAUGAGAAGAUUCGCCAACAGCAAAACCAAAAAUUGUAAGUGAAUUUUGAAAGGGAUACCUGAAAAUAUGUGUAACAUAUAGGAUUAACUGGAUGUGCUUGUUUUUGUUGUGAAUACUUUUACAGUUCCACAAAUGUAAGUUUUAUUAUGUAGAUUUUGUAUCCAAUGUCUUGAGCUCAUUUUAUUUACUAUAAUUAAUAUUCUGUACUGUAUAUUGCUCUAUGUUUUUCUUUGUAAUAAUUUUUAAGCCUGCAUUUAAUAAACAUGUAUAAUGUUUAAUUUAUACCAUCCAUAUGAAGUCUGCAAUAAAGGUUUCUUGUAAUUAAUUUAUGUGAAUAAAGGGUUUUAUGAUCAAUAAAAAUGUAACUAUUAUGACCAAAGCUGCAAUUAUGGUUCCCUUAAGCAGUAGUGCUUUCAGUUCAAGAUUAAACUUUCUAGGUGGCUUAAUAUAUAAGGGAAACACACUGGGGAGACAAUAUGUCAGGAUCUCCCCCCCCCCCCCCCCCCCCCCAGUAUGUUGAAUCACUAGCUUUUUUCCCCACACCAAGUUCCUGCUGAGAAAAAAAUUGCAUCUUUAUAUCUAAGUGCUGCCAUUUUUUAGCAUUUUGCAAGGCUCCCUCGCGGCUAUCUAGGCUUGUAGAUGUGCGGUUAAGUAAAAUUGUAAAAUAUUAUUAUUAUUAUUGUAUGCAUGUGCCCUCAGUGCCUUACUGUGUGCAUUGCAGUUGCAUCUAAAGAAUAGGGCAGAAGUGUCUCGUUGGCAAUGCAGUGCAAGUGCCCAUCACAACUCCCCCAGGGAAUUCCUGGAAAAAAUGCCACAUUUGCGCAAUUGUGCUUUGCUCACUGUACUUGCAGGCAUGAAGGCCCCCUUAUGAAUCUGAAGAAGAUUUUAUACACCGGAGGGUGCUUCUCCCCUUGUAUUUCCAAAUGUUUGUCCUGUAAACGUGUAUUUUAAUUGUUAGAGAACACUGUCAAAUACACAUUUUAUAGACUGCACUGUCAUGUUAUUUGCUGUAUAUUAUAAAUAACAACAUAUGCUGUAAAUAAACUCUGAAGUAUGGUUA